UGUGUCGUUUUUUGAAUUUAAAAGAAAACUAUAUAUACAUAUAUAUUGUGAAAAAAUAUAUAAAAUGGGCGGCCAUAACGAUCAGAAUGGAAAUUCAAACGGACAGCAUGAUGAUGACUCUAUUUCUGAGCCAGAGCAUAUGCGCAAAUUGUUUAUUGGUGGUCUCGAUUACCGUACUACCGAUGAUAAUUUAAAAGCUCACUUUGAAAAAUGGGGACAAAUUGUCGAUGUGGUCGUAAUGAAGGAUCCACGUACGAAGCGCUCACGCGGUUUCGGCUUCAUUACAUACUCGCAUUCAAGCAUGGUAGAUGAAGCCCAGAAGGCUCGUCCUCACAAGAUCGACGGACGUGUCGUCGAGCCCAAGCGUGCUGUUCCACGCCAAGACAUUGACUCGCCAAAUGCAGGCGCAACGGUUAAGAAGCUGUUCGUGGGCGCUUUGAAGGACGAUCAUGACGAGCAGAGCCUACGUGAAUAUUUCCAGCACUACGGCAACAUUGUUGAUAUCAACAUUGUCAUGGACAAAGAGACCGGCAAAAAACGUGGUUUUGCCUUUGUCGAAUUCGAUGAUUACGAUCCCGUGGACAAAGUUGUGUUGCAAAAACAGCAUCAGCUCAAUGGCAAAAUGGUGGACGUGAAGAAGGCUUUGCCGAAGCAAAAUGAAAUGGGAGGCGGUGGUGGUGGUGGUCGUGGCCAGGGUGGUCGUGGUGGUGGCAAUAGGGGUGGAAACAUGGGCGGCAAUAUGGGUGGUGGUGGCAACUUCGGCAACCAAAACGGAAACUGGGGUAAUCGCGGCGGUAAUAACGACAAUUGGGGCAACAACAAUUUUGGCGGCGGCUACGGAGGUGGUAAUAAUUGCUGGGGAAAUAACGGACCGUGGGAUAACAAUUGGGGCAACAAUGGUGGCAACUUUGGCGGCGGCGGUGGUAACGGCAACUGGGGUAACAAUGGCGGCAAUGAUUUUGGAAAUUAUCAACAGGGCUAUAGCGGUGGCCCCCAGCGUGGUGGCAACUUUGGCAACAACCGCAUGCAGCCCUACCAAAGCGGCAACUUUGGCAACAAAGCAGGUGGUAAAUUAGCAGUGGCUCAGUUUAUGCCCAAAAGUCAAAGUCAAGUAAACGAUACGCAAUUCAAUGAUAUGAGCAACAACUCAUAUACCUAAGAAGUUUUCCGAGAACAACCAUACCAAAAGCAUGACAGAAGAUAAAUAUCAGGAACAGUGCAGUGCAGUCGUGUGAGAUUGGUUCAGUCAAAGUCAGUACAAGUACAGAGCAGAUCAGUCUGUGAAUGUGUGUGUGUGUAUAUGUGUGUGGUGCGUUUUAUUCAGAGAGCAGUUGCAACAACAGCAGCAGCAGCAGCAGCAGCAGAGUUUUAACAGAACUUACAAAUACAGUGAAGACAGUGAAGAGAAGAGAAGUAAGCAGCAGCGGCAGCAGCGAACCCUCACACAUACGCAUCCAGCAGAGUACACGUACACAGCAGCUGGCCAGGAUUCAAUAAGAGUAAUUUGCACAGUUACAAUACGAUAUACGAUAAUUGAUUCAACCUACUCACACUCGUCAAAACCUACCUACCUAUUCAAUAUUCAAAAUAGCAUAAUAUUUAUAUUUCAACAUUUUGUAGCCAACCUAAAAUUAAUGCAAAAGGAUCAUUGUAAACUAGAAACGUCACAACAUUUAAGUUGUGCAGCUAAAGAAAAAGCUUAACAUAAACAAUUCAAAGAUGAUUAUGUAUCCUUGUAGCCACAUCUGUUUAUCAAGAAUCCUUCAGUUAACAGCAAAAUAACUUAGUAUAUACAAACGCAAAAAAAAGGAAUAAAAAACAAACUUCAGGGCGCAACCGAUGCUUAAUUUUACAUUCAAGCGAAGCCCCCAAUGGCUGAAUGGUUGCCGCCCAAAAUUUCUGAUAAUCAGUGCAAAAAUCUACACAAAUCUAUAUUUAAAAAACAAAUGUAUUAAUACUUUUCUCUAGGCUUAAGUUCCCAUAAUUUUAAAAA